AUGCCCGGCCCUCCAUUGGCCGGCGGGCAGGCCCCUGGCCCCUCCUCCCCCGGCGGUAUAAGAGGCCCCGAGCGGAGGCGCGCCGGGCUUGGGCAUGGUGGCGGGCGGAGGCGCGGCAGGUGGCCGGAGCGCCUCCGCCGCGCAGGGCGCGCCAUGAACUCCUUCCUGGAGUACCUGGCGCGGGGCGGGGAGGGCCUACCUGGGGACCCCUCGGGCGCCUACCUGGGGACCCCUCCCGCCUUCGCGGCUCAUCCGCCGCCGCCCCAGCUGGAGCCGUGCGCCCUGGCGCGCUUCGCCUCGCCCCAGUGCGGCGCCUUGCUGCGCCCGGAGGCGCCCGGCGGGGGCCAGAGCCGGCCCGGCGCCCCCUCGCACUAUGCCACGGCCGUCUUCUCCGGGGGCGGCGGCGGAGGAGGGGGGGCGGCGGCUUACCUGCCGGGGGACUACAGCCGGCUGGCAGAGACGCUGCAGCCGUGCGCCAAGGCGCCGCCGCGGCCGCCGGAGCCCGUGGGUGGCCGGCCCGCCCGCGCCGCGCUCAGCACCUUCGAGUGGAUGAAAGUCAAGAGGAACGCGCCCCCUCGGAGCCCGCUCCCGCCCCGCGGCUCCCCCAGCACUCCCGGCUCGGUCCGGACCAACUUCAGCACCAAGCAGCUGACGGAGCUGGAGAAGGAGUUCCACUUCAGCAAGUACCUGACCCGUGCCCGCCGCCUGGAGAUCGCGCAGGCGCUGGGCCUCAACGACGCGCAGGUCAAGAUCUGGUUCCAGAACCGCCGCAUGAAGCAGAAGAAGCGCGAGCGGGAAGGCCUGGCGGCCCCGGGGGGCACCUGCCGCCGGGCCCCCUCCGGGCUGAGGCCUACACCGCCGGGGGGGCGCUCGGCUCCCUCUUCUCCGGCCAAGGGCUCGCCCUGA